AUGACGUUCGAGGGACGCGAAAUCGCGCUGCGGGGCAGCGGCGGGAUUCUGCAGGGCAUGGACUUGAGCACGGCGGCUCUAUCGGUUAUGACCUCACCGCAGAUGGUGGCUUUGACGACGGAGGUAAUGAAACGGAUCGAGGGCUGGUUCUUGGACAAGGGCGAAAGGGCGGGCGAAGAGCUAAGUCGCGACGUCGACUGCGCGGAAAAGCUUGCGCCGGCCAAACUACGCUACGAGCAGGAGAUUGAGAUGCUCCUUCAGCUAUGCAUGGAUACUGUAAAGUACUUCUGGCUGGCCAAGAAUGCAGCCGAUCGUUGCGAUGGCAUCGCGCUGGCGGCGGAAUUCGAGAUUUUCCGUCAUCAUAUGGUUCCGAUCGCUGCGAGGUUAAUCGCACGCUUCAUUGAGAAAUGCGAGGCCAACUACGAGAAUAUUUUCUAUUAUGGAGGAAUUGUGGCGGCUAUUGGGGCGGUGGCGGGGGUUGUGGGAGCCGCAAUAUGGGCCGCUAACAGACGAAACGACUCCAGCGAUGCGCAGCGUGGUGCCCGAAAA